AAUCAAUAAAGUCCCCAACUAAAUGAGGCUUUUUGCCCGUGGGGGCCACAGAAGCGGGUGGGGAUGGAAAGUGAAGGUUGAAAGAGGAGAGAGUUUAUUCAGUCGCACACAGACACAAGCCACGAGCAGACAGCUCCUUCCUCAUCUCGAAGACUAUCGGGUCAUGGGUUCGGAAAUGGAGCUGACCUUCACCGAGGACCUUCAGCUGACGGAGAUGAUGCGUUUGAGGGUGCAGUCGCUGCAGCAGCGGGGUCAGAAGAGGCAGGACGGCGAGAGGCUUCUCCUGCCGUACGAGUCCGUCUACCGGCUGGACUUCAGAGAGCAGGAGCUGACCUUCUCCCACUGGAACGUGACCCUGCAAGGAACGGGCCGUUUCACAGUCACCGGCAUCUGCCAGCUCUGGACGCCCGACCUGACCAACCUGAUGACCAGGCAGCUGCUGGAGCCCAUCGGCCAGUUCUGGAGGAACACCGGAGAUCCUGAUGAUCUGCCCAUCAAAUGCCUGGAGGCGGACAUCCAGGAGUUCGGAGAGAGGAUAGCCGAGCUGGCGAAGGUGCGGAAAGUGAUGUAUUUCCUAUUCGCCUAUAAGGAGGGGGCCACGAAAGAGAAAAUCUCUUGCUCUUUGACCUUCAACAAAAACAAGUGACAGAUCGAAUCCUAAAACCGCAGACAGGUUAGAUGCUCUACUGUACGUGAUGGUCAGUCUAAACCUUUUUCUUUUACCAAUCAAUUUCUUUAGCUCUUGUCCUCUGUACUUUCCUGAACUUCAUGAUGCUUUCAUUAAGCUGCCGUCCAGAAAAAUGUAGGAUUGUUUGUAUGCAUAAAGCAAUUGCUGGAUGAUUUUGUCUGGUGCACAUGUAAUCCAAUGCCAUGAUGAUGCUUAUAGAGCGAACCUACAGUAAAAUAAAUCGUGUUGUCAAUCA